UCCUUGCUGCAUACCGGUGAAGAGUUGGUCAUGGUUGUGGUGGGACCCCUAACCUUGAAUGCAGGGCUGCUUCUUAUGGUCCUGAUCAGAUGGGGCUGUCAACAGCUGUUUGACUCAUUCCCUUCUUUCUUGUCAAAGUUUAUCAUAGCUAUGGGACUCUGGACAGUGCUAGACCCCUUGGCAGUUUUCGUAGUGGAUUCAUUCCUGGGGCGACUUGGGAACAGUGUGGAGAAACCCAUUGCUGAUGCUGCAAAGCUCUACUGGGUCUUUCUAAGAGCAGAGGAGUCAGGGAUUCCUGGUGCCUUAAUCACUGUGAUGCUUUAUACAAUCCUGUUCAUCAUUUCAUCGACAGUAUUGUACCUGUACUUUUUAAGGCUACAUAGCGAAGGUUGGUUAUUGGAUAUGUUUCAACGCAUUCAUGGUGAGGAAGGCACAUUCUUUGUUCCACUGGACUUAGAGAUUUCCAGUCAGGAACUGAGCUACAUUAUGAAGAGGGCUGAGCAGUGGAGAGGAAUCAACGGUGAAAGACGGAUGGCAUUUGGUGAUAUUACUGGAGAAAAUCUUUUGUGUAAUGAAAGAAGUACAGCCCAGGAAUGCAUAAGCGAAAUGGACAGCGUGCUGCAUACAUCUUCAUGUAUCAAGCUGAGGGAGAGAAAAAACAGUACCACAAGGUGGAAAGGAAAUCAUGUUGUCUUCGACAAGAGCUAAUUCCUGCGGUAAUGCAUAGUCCACAGAGUUGUUUACAUCCUGAUCCACAUCCAUGGUAUGGUUACUGUCUGACAGGAUUUAGGGUUCUGACAUCCACACCUCUGUGCGUACAGCAUUGUCCUGCAAAUGAUCCAUUCGUAACUCUUCUGUGGCUUUAACAAGCUUUUCAGUGUGGUGACCUCACUGGAUCAGAUCACAGAUUGGAUCAUGCAAAUAUAAAUAUUUAAUAUAAUUUUUUUUCCCCUUCCAAAUAGUGGGACAUUCCUAGAUUUCUCAGGUUUGCUUGUUCCUGCUUUUUCAUGUUUUCUUGUAUCUGUUAGUGGUGGUGGGGAAAAAUCCCUGAUUUGUCCUUCAAGUUUCAUGACUAAAACAUUGACAGUGUUUUCAGUAAUUGUUCAAAAACCAACACUAUUGUAAUUGCAAAGCUGCAAAGAUGUCCAGAAGAGGAACAAUGAUGGCUUUGUGCCACAGGCUCUGUAGCCAAGUCCCAACAGGCUGCAGAAUUUACGAGAACCCAAAGAAGAUCAUUUUGCUGGGGUCUUAACAUUGGUCAGUUGUGCUUCCCUGGGAGCUAUAGCAGCUUUAAGCAACCUAGCGGUUACCCUCAUGCUUUCUUAGUAGUAUUAAAAUAUUGCUCAUUUCUUUAAACCAGUCAGUGUCUAUUCUAUUUGGCUUCAUAUAAAUGCAUCAGAAAUGAAGUCCAUGCCCCAAGGGCAAGGACUACCAGGGAAAACAGAAGGAGAAGGUGGGAAGGGGAACAAAGGCAAUGAAGAUGAAGUUCUUUUUCCAAGGUCACCAAAGUCAGAGGUGAAUGCAGAAAUAAAGGGCAGACUGCCAGUGUCCUGACUCUUGGUCUUCCCUGCAGUAGGAUCCUCUUUGUUCUGAAAAUGCAGAUGGAAAAGAUUCUUACCUUCCUGCUAUUUUGAAUCAUUCAUGUAUAACACUGUAAUCAAUUAACACAGUAAUCAGUGACAUUUUUCUAACGUGUAUGCUUUUCUGGUGCCCCCUUGUUCACGCUGCUACGCUAAAACUUUUUCAGAUACUUUUACCUUUGCAAGAUCUUUCCCAAUGUCUUGAACAAUGUUGAUUAAUGUUGAUACUUAAAUCUAUGGUUCUCAUCUAUCUGAAUAAUCAUUAAAUGACAUUAGGUUACAACUCAGAGGAUUAAAUGUCACUCUUGAAAACAGUUUUUCUUUGGGUUUACAAGAUAACAAUUUGGUUUCCCCUUUUAAAAUUUUUUAAAAUUAUUUUUGUGCACGUGCAUAUGUGUGUAUUUUUAUGAGUUAUGUGCAGACAGAAGUGGUGUUAAAAAUAAACUGAAUAUUUACAAGAAGUGGUGUGAUUUUUGUGGGUUCUAUUGCAUCAGGUAUUACUUGGAUGACU